CAUUUUCUCCUUUUUAUUUUCAUCCUCACGUUACUUUUACUCACACUGUCCUAACUUUUCUUCUGCACCAAAAACCCACCAUUUUUUACACACAACACAGAAUUUCAUUGUCGGUUCGCGAGGGUAUUAUGGUCAUUUUGUAACUUUAGAAAUCCAUCCACUGCGAAUCUAGUUCAGAGCACACUCAAUAACGAAGUAACUUUCGCCCUCCAUUUCAUCUCUGGAUCUUGCUCUGUCAAAGUAAUUACCUAACAUUUGUUAAAAAAAAUAAAAAAUCUGGUCUUUAGGUUUAGCUGAAACCGGAGAAGAUGAUUCAAGAAACCAUACAGACUCUCCGUAAUGGAUAAUUACAACCUCAUUCUCUUCUUCCUUCUCCUCUUCAUUUCUUCGGAAAUUAGGGCGCAGCAGCAAGAUAAAGAUGAGCCCUUUGUGGGGGUGAACAUCGGCACAGAUGUUACGAAUUUGCUGCCGGCGGCGGAUUUGGUGGCUUUCCUUCAGUUGCAGAAGAUAACCCACGUCCGCCUCUACGAUGCCGACGGCGAUAUCCUCCGGGCGCUCGCCAAAACCAAAAUCAGAGUCAUCGUCAGCGUGCCCAACAACCAGCUGCUCGCUAUUGGCUCCUCCAACGCCACCGCCGCCACCUGGAUCGGCCGCAACGUGGCGGCGUACUACCCCGAAACCCUCAUCUCCGGCGUCGCCGUCGGCGACGAGGUCCUCACCACCAUCCCCACCUCCGCCCCUCUCCUCAUGCCGGCGAUCGAGUCCCUCUACAGCGCACUCGUCGCCGCGAAUCUCCACACCCAGAUCAAGAUUUCCACCCCCAAUUCCGCCUCCAUAAUCCUCGACCCCUUUCCGCCGUCGCAAGCCUUCUUCAACCAGAGCUUAACCCCUGUUCUAACCCAACUGCUCCAGUUCUGCUCAAGAACUCAGUCACCUCUGAUGAUGAACCUCUACCCCUACUACGUCUUUAUGCAGAACAAAGGCGUUGUCCCUUUAGAAAACUCCCUCUUCAAACCCUUAACCCCAUCGAAGGAAAUGGUCGACCCGAACACUUUGCUGCACUACACCAAUGUGCUCGACGCAAUGCUCGACUCCGUUUACUUCUCGAUGAAGAAUCUCAACGUAACUGAUGUUGUAGUGCUCGUGUCCGAAACGGGUUGGCCUUCAAAGGGUGAUUCGAAGGAGCCCUACGCGACAAUCGACAAUGCAGACACGUACAAUUCGAACUUAAUCAAGCACGUAUUCGAUCGAAGCGGGACCCCUUUACACCCCGAAAUCACCUCCAAUGUGUACAUAUACGAAUUGUUCAACGAGGACUUGAGGUCACCCCCAAUUUCCGAGGCGAAUUGGGGUUUGUUCUACGGUAACUCGACACCCGUUUAUUUGCUUCACGUUUCGGGAAGUGGGAGUUUCUUGGCGAACGAUACUACAAACAGGACUUAUUGCGUGGCCGUGGAUGGUUUGGAUGGGAAGACUUUGCAGACGGCUUUGGAUUGGGCUUGUGGGCCCGGGCGGGCGAAUUGCUCGGAGAUUCAACCGGGGCAGAGUUGUUACCAGCCGAAUAAUGUGAAGGGUCAUGCUUCUUACGCUUUCGACAGCUAUUAUCAGAAGCAAGGGAAGUUUGCUGGUUCUUGUGAUUUCAAGGGUGCUGCCAUGAUCACCACAAGUGAUCCUAGUAAGUAAAGAUUCAUUUUUUAUUUUUCGAUAAUGUUUAGUUUUCGUCGAAUAUUAAAAAGGGUUGAAGUUCAAAUCACUCCAAGUGAUCCUAGUAAGUAAAGAUUCAAUCUUUAUUUGUCAAUGUUUAGUUUUUGCAUCAAGAAUGUGGAUGAAAUGGAGGGGGAAGAUGAGAUUUUCUUGAAUGUUUUUAGGGCAUCUUUGUCUCACAUUAGACAAGCUUGUGUGUCCAAAUACAUGUAUGGGGGGGAGCCCACUUGGGCAGAAUUGGAGUGGACAACACUUGGCAAAAAUAUUAUUGCUUUUACCUUUCA